AAAACAAUUCCUGAUUUCAUUCUGACAGAUAAACAGAGGUCAUAUGACAACUGAAGCAAAGAGGGCUGCCAAGAUGGAAAAGAAGCUGAAGAUUUUGCUUGGUGGUUAUCAGUCUCGAGCAAUGGGCCUCAUCAAACAGCUGAAUGAUUUGUGGGACCAAAUAGAGCAGGCACACCUGGAGCUGCGUACUUUUGAGGAACUGAAGAAACAUGAAGAUGCUGCUAUUCCACGGAGACUGGAGUGUCUGAAGGAAGAUGUGCAGCGACAGCAGGAGAGAGAAAAGGAGCUCCAGCAGAGAUUUGCUGAUUUCAUGUUGGAUAAAGAGACUUUUCAGUCAAAGUAUUAAAGCACAAAAUUCCUUUCAUCACUGAUGUAAUGUUUUUCAAGUAUGCAGAUACUUCUCCAGCAGCUUUUGCCAUCAGUUGCAGAAAGCAAGCAUAGUCUGCUGUUUGUAUCUCAUCCACUUUUUUUCCAUUACUGGACUAUUUCUGAUGCUGUAGGUAUGAAUGGCUUUGUCAAGGAAUU